AUGUUUGAGUGGCAUCCCCUCCGAGUUCCAUCAUACACAUCAUCGAUCGCUAUGAUCUUGCUGUACUAACUCAAAACACCUCAUCAGCAUCAUUCUCAAUUCUCACCCUCUCCUUGUCGCACCCACCCAACGAGAAUACAUAUCAUCAACGUCGUCGAUCCUUUCUAUGCAACCAUCACCCUUUCACCCAGCGGCCAAGCUCCUUGUCGUGGCCUUGUAAGUUCAACAGUAUAAAGUACGUCCUUCUCUAUCUCAUUUGUUAACUUAAUCCAGAUGGGUGUCCUACUACAAGCAUGGCCAUCAUUCUCGCAGGAGAAUUACUCAAGAAAUCAGAGAACCUUCUCGUGAUGGGCCUCCACCCUGACGAAGUCCGAACCAGGGGAUACAGAUUCGCAUGCGCCAAAGCCCUCGGUGAACUCAAAAUCAUUAGAUUCUUCCUGCUGAGUCUCCAGAAACCGACUAUCGAAGAGCUCCUUGACGAGGACGCCCGUUGUGAUACCCUGGUGCACCUGCGUCCAAUAUCACCCUCAAUUCAAUGUCCUCUAUCAUGCGGAACUUCUAGUCUUCAUAUUGCCUUAAUAUCAUCACCCAUUCGCUUGCUAUUGCCCAGUGCCUUUGUUCCUCCAGCUGUUUUUUCAUACCUCACAGCCCACAACAUCCUUACACGCAUCGUUUUCAUGUUGCUCUCGUUCUCACCGCCUUUGUCGUAG